ACGUCAGUCAAAAAAUGGCAGAUGUUGUCAACAAAGAGUAAUAAUGUAAUCAACAAGGCACAUUGUGUUAAUGACAAUGAGUAGUAACAAUUAUGUAACUCCGUUUUACUUCACUCAGCCCCCACCGAAUUAUAAUUUGAAUAAUUCUUGGAAUUAUAACUGGUCAGCUCAUCCCAGUCAAAAUGCUAGGGGUGCACAGGAUAACAGAAACUCUGCUGCACCUCCAUUACCUCCGGGACCGCCACCGCCUCCACCACCACCUUCAAAUCCUCGUACGCCCUCAUCACAUCCAGCUGUAAGCACGCCAAACAUAGAACAGAGAUCUCAAACAUAUUACAACAGUUCUAAUACACAAGGGAGUUAUCGGACCAGAAGAUAUAACAAUACCUCUUCUGGAGCAUACAAUAGCUCACCAGGACAAUAUGCUUUAUCUUCUGGACAAUACUCUUCCCCACCAGGGCAGUACUCCUCGGGCCAAUACAGCUCUCCACAGGGUCAGUACGGGUCUACACCAGGGCAGUACUCCAACACUUCUGGAUUAUAUAACAUAACCGGUUCCCCGAAUUAUGCCAGAAACUUUUACAACAAACGUAAACUUGACUCCGAAUCGGAUAAUUUGAAGAAAUCAAACAAGAAGAAGAAGAAACCUCUAUCGCAAAAUAUCCCACAGAGGAAGGACUGGUCAGUCAUGGAUGCUAAAAGAGCCCUGAUGGUCGAGAAAGAAUAUAAUAAAAGACAUAGAAGCCAAUCGCUGAUUAUAAAAUUUCCCGAUUUGGAGCUGAAUAGGGAUAUCGUGUCUAAGUUCCAUUCGUCGAUCGACAAUGUCCAUUUUCAGCAGCCGUCUACACCCAGAUUUUGUUUUGUGACUUUAAAGGAAUCUGCAGAUCCAGAAGUAGUUAUCAAGGAACUGAAUAAAAUCACCUUUGGCCAUGGAUACUUGACCGCGGAGUUCAAGAAAGACCGUGAAGAUGAAAUCAACAUAGGGCCGGAAGACAUUGACCCCUUAACCUUGUACGUUGGCAACCUAGCUCAGGAAGUCACUAAAGACGACAUGGUCAACACCUACCCCAAACAGAAAAGGAUAGAUAUAGGGUACGCCAAGAAGAUGAAAUACACAAGAUACGCUUUUGUAUCUUUCAAAAAUGUGGAUGACUCAAUCGAGGCAUUCCAAAAGACUCACGCGACACAAAUGUACUCGAAAAGUUUAAUAGUAAGGUUUCGAAGGCUGAACGGCACCGUAGGAAUGCCCGGCGAACCAAAACCCCAGUUGCCACAGAGGAGCGAAGGUUGUGAAAACGAGAACAGUUCUCUCGUGAAUUCGAUCAGUGACCAUAACGUUGUCGGUCAUAACUACGCCAACAAUCACAACCAAUCGUCUGACAUUGAAACUGAAAGUUGCACUAACUCCACCCUGGCUCCCUGGGAGAUGGUGGACGUGUCACAGUGGGAAACGGACACGGACAAGAGUGUAGACUUGAGUUCCGUGAAGCAAGAACCUUUGGACGACUCGGAUUACGAGGAAGAGGAUAGAAAACCGCCAAGUCCCAGACAAUAUAGUUCCCCUUUCGUUCCAGGAGACUUGGAUUUAGCAUUCUCCAUGCACAGGCCUAAAACCAUUCCAGAAAUAAAGAAGGAAAAAUACUGCGAGGAACUCUCCAUGUCGAGUUCCCUGGGAGAGGAGGGUAGCGAUUUAACGGUCGUAGAUAGAGCCAAACAGGCGAAGCCCUCGAGUCCUAAGCAAGCAGACAGUGUUAGUGUUACAGGGAGGACAAUGAACGACAACGAAAGUAAUAGUGAUUGUUCAAUCAUACCGCCGGACAAGAUCAAAAAGGAACCUGACAGGGCUCCCAGAGGAAGCACGUACCACUCUUUAAGAUCGUUACAUCCGAAACCUUUAAGCAGGGACAGUGUACCGGCAGAGGUUAAAAAGGAACCUUUGCCAGUGCCUAAGAAUUUACCCCAGGAGCAGCCUGUUCUGGGACUUGACUUUGCUAUGGGUAAUGACAAACGGGUGCCAAUUGAAAAUGUAGAAGGAGUCUUGAUGAUAAAAAGUGAACCUAUUGAUAAAGACGACGAAAAUGAUGGUGAUAGAGAUGACUCGAGCGAUGAUAGUGAUGAUUUCAACUUUAAUAACAUUUUGAGCAGUAUAGAGGCCAGAUCGAAACGACUGAAGAAAAUUAAGAAGUCCAUGCCGUGAUUGAUUGUUUUGUGGCGGGUAACGGAGUACCUACAAGGUGAGUCAAAAGUAAGGGAUAAUCCAAAUGUCUUGGGGCCCUCUGGGCAAUUUGUUUGAAAUUUAAAGGUAAUAAUUAUUAAAAACUGGUACUACAUUGAAUAAAUUUCAUUUCUGAAUGUAGAAAUGAAAUAUUAAAGUGAAAUAAAUGUAAACUCAAGUUUAUUUUGGUUUUCUAGAUACACUAGUUUUUAUUGUUGUACAGUUUAGAGUUGUGGUUCAUGUACAAUCCAGGAAAAUAUUAUUUUUCUUCUAUUGCUGUUUCCCCAAGAUUAGCUUGUUGUAAAGACACAAAGAUAUUACCUCAGAAAAUCAUUAUAGGCCGAUUCCAUCUUAGAUCAUGCAGAGCUACUCCAAAAUAUUUUUUUAUUGUUCUAGAUCAAAAAUAAGAGGACCACAAUUUUUUCUUUUUCCUCUCAGACGCAUAGUUCCGUCUAUUAUGUACUCGGAAAAUGCAUCGCUGAAAAGAAGAAUUUAAAAAAAAUGUUCCGAUUGCAUUUUGAUUGCUUAUUAUUUUUAUUUCUUGACAACAUAAAAUAAUUCUUAUUUUACCUGAUAGAGGGAAUGGAGCCCUUCAAGUCUACCUUUUCAAAAAAAUGUAAAUAAAUGCAUUGUUCGACAGAAAAUGCAUUUUUUCAAAAAAGUGCA